GGCGCUAGUGGGCGCACGUCGAUGACGUAUUUAUGAAGCGACGGAGGAACUGUUUGUAAAACAGGUUGCAUUUAUCACACGUCCAGCACGUCCUAAAGUCACAGACAGAGAUCUUCAUCAAGUGGUGAAUUAUGCACGGACGAGUGAAGAUCAAGUCGACCGCGCAGCAGGAGGAGGAGAAGAGGAAGGAGAGAGAGAAGAAGUUGAAAGCGUUUGUGUCUGCUCGCGAUGCCGUCUUGAAAAAGAGGAGUGCUGGGGAACAUGACGAGGAGGCUCUGCAGUUGACUCAGCAGCUCUUGUCCUCAAACCCGGACUUUGCCACGCUGUGGAACUACAGGAGAGAAGUGCUCUUACACCUGGAGACCUUACGAGAGAAGGACGAGGUGCAGAAGCUGUAUGAGUCUGAGCUGCACUUCAUCGAGGCCUGUCUGAAAGUGAACCCCAAAUCUUACGGCUGCUGGCACCACCGCAGCUGGGUAAACACGCGCCUGCCGCAGCCUGUCUGGACACGAGAGCUCGGCCUCUGCGACCGCUGCCUCAGCCUCGACGAGCGCAACUUCCACUGUUGGGAUUACCGGCGCGUGGUGGUAAAGGAGUCUGGUGUUUCUGUCGAGCAGGAGCUGCAGUUCACAGAUCGUCUGAUCGGCUCCAAUUUCUCCAACUACUCCAGCUGGCAUUACAGGAGUACGCUGCUACCUCAGCUCCACCCACAGCCUGCCCUUGACCCCGCCCCCUACACAAGCCCCUCCCCCACUGCAUCACCUCAAAUUCACUCACACAGAGUCUGUGAGGAGCAGCUUCUUAAAGAAUAUGAGCUGGCGCAUAAUGCCUUCUUCACCGACCCCAACGACCAGAGCGCCUGGUUCUACUACCGCUGGCUGCUGGGCAGAGCGGAGCGAGAGGAGAUGAUCAGUUGUGUGUAUGUCAGCCGGGAGAGACAGAGGGUGUCUGUCGCCUUCUCCAAACCUGUUCAUGCUCAGUCAGAGGGUCUGAUGUUGGUGUUGGAUGGGCUGCCUCAGCAGGUGCAGUGGAGAAGCGCCCACCCACGUUUCCGUCACAGUCCUGUCUGGCUGUGUGAUCUUCCUCCCGGCUCCGUCAGUGAUAUAAGUAAUGAACACAACCUGACCGUCCACUGGCCAGAGAAACACACACACAGAGACUGUGCUCUCUACACAGGCUCAGCUGAAAGCUGGUGCAGAGACUCUGCCACCGAUCAGGAGCUCUUCAGACAGGAAAACCAAACGCUGAACUGCAAAUCUGCAAAAACAGAUUAUUAUAAAAAAUGUCUCCCUCUUAAUGGACUUUAUCAAACAUGUGUAAUAUGUAAAGUUUUGCUGCUGCACUGCUCCGUUGUCCACAUUCAUGUUUCACUCAUGAAUGAAAUGUUUGUUGAACUUUCAUAAUUAAAGUUACUGCAGGUGAUUUGUUUUUGAAAAAGCAGAAAUAACCUCCCUACCUGACAGAUAUCACUGAUAUAGGUGUCCUGAGAAAUCACAGCCCAGUUCUCUGUAAACAGCUGUCAGGGUGGUGUCCCGCCCCCUGCCUGUCAAUCAUUGUACAGAUUCAGGUUUGCUCACAUAUCUUUAGAGGGCAGGGUUUUGGUUGAGGUUAGAAUGAAACUGUUAUAAUGUCAACAGUGUACAUAAAAAAAAAAUAACGGCAUUUAAUAAAAAA